CAUACAGUUCACAACAGCUGAUCAGCCUUGAGAUUGCAUCAUCUAGCACUUAUACUAUAGUACAUAGCUGUUAUUUAAACGACAUUGAGACUUUAAGUCAAACAAUCAUUAUCGCAAUGGCCAUGAUCUGUCCAUGAGGGCAGGCAUACAGGUCGUAGACCCUUGCCUGAAAGAGGUGAAGGACAGCUUAAUUGUUUUUUUGGGGUAAACAAGAUAAAAAUAGAAGAGAUAUUAUACAGACGUUGAAACUUAUGAAAUUGCCGGAAGGAAUUAAGGAACUGUCUACGCCAUGGCAACACAGAAAGCAACUGAUCCCCUGACCCCAAAUAUGCAGGCUGUGUUCACCAAAUGGGAGAAUCGGGGUCCCAGGGAUGGGGGUGGGGAUUCAGGCCUGGGGGGAGAGAAUCAGAUUAAAUGGGACCAGGUUGGACAGUUGGCAGACAAAAUAACACAAGAUGGCAGGGCCAAGUGGAGGGAGAGGUAUGGGGACAGUGUACGUCCCAUGGCUCACAGACGAGCCAAGCAGAGGAGCAAGAGGCCAGCAGCAAUACCAUUGGAGGAGAUGACUUCCAAUGUGAUAGCUGAGUUUAAGAGUAAGCCUAUGAUCACACCAGAGAGUCUGAUGGUGACGCGGCCGUACAUGGGAAAAGGCUGCUCCUGUAUGCCCGUUAGUCAGGUGGACUUUAGUACCCAAGAGGCUGUCAAAUUGGGCUUUAGAAAUGUUUUAGAUUUAGAAAUAAGGGGAAGGAACUGGAAGGAGAAGUACUUCGCCAACAUCGUGUAUGCUGUGAGGAAACGGACGAAUCAUGUGUAUCCAGAUGUCAGUCCAUCAGUGCUGCAUCACCCAAGAGUUUGUGAAGCCAUUGCUCAGGAAGAUGCCGAGUCUAAAGAUGAUACCAAAAGCAAAUCAGUCAGUGCUGAGAAGAGAGCCAAGAGAAUUGUGGAAGUCAUGAAAUCUACCAUGACAGGGAGAUUAACAGGCUUUGUCGCAUGGAUACUGACAAAGAUAUUUCCAAACCUUUUACGUGCAAUACUAGUUCACAAAGGUCAAAUAGAUGUCAUCAAAAGAGCAUCUGAGAGAGGCCUCCCUAUGAUCUAUCUACCUCUUCACCGCAGUCACUUGGACUAUGUCCUGAUGACGUUCAUUUUUUGGCAUUACAAGAUCAAGACCCCUUAUGUGGCAGCCGGCAUCAACCUCAACAUUCCAGUUUUUGGGCCAAUCAUGAAGAGUUUAGGAGGAUUCUUCAUUCGAAGGAAGCUAGACAAAAGAAACGGGAAGAAGGACAUGGUUUAUAGAUCUAUCCUACAUAUUUACAUUGAGGAAUUGCUCAGGAAUGGACAAAGCAUGGAAUUUUUUUUGGAGGGAGGUCGGAGCAGAUCGGGAAAAUCUUUGUCUCCUAAAGCUGGCCUUUUGUCAGUUAUUAAAGAAACUCUGUGCAGUGGGCAUGUUGAAGAUGUAUACAUCGUUCCAAUUGGUAUUAAUUAUGAGAAGUUGAUGGAUGGAAAUUUUAGCACAGAGCAACUGGGACUGCCAAAGAAACCUGAGACGUUCAUUGGAGCCAUUAAAGCACUACUUAAAGUUUGCAGAACACAGUAUGGCUGUGUCAGAGUAGACUUCUGUCAACCGUUUUCACUCAAGGAGUACCUGCAAAAUACUCAGUCUAGCCAAUCAAGUGUUCAAGGAAGUGAACCCAACUCUGACGGUGAGCUAUCGCCGGAUUCUGACCCAUCUACCCCACCUGUUAUCUGGCGUCAUGGAAGUAUGUCCUCUCUGUAUGGGACAGAUGUUGGAGAGGAAAACAGACAGCUUGUCAAAAGUCUGGCAGAACACAUUACUUACACGGGUACACAAAGUACAGCAUUGAUGAGCACAAACCUCCUGGCAUUCCUCUUGCUGAAGAAGUACAGACAGGGAGUAGAGAAGAGCCAGCUAGCAGAGGAUAUGGAUUGGUUGAUAUCGGAGCUGAAGGUGCGCCAGAGAGAUGUGGGAUUUACAGGAGAACCAGAGGAGGUCAUCCACUAUGCCAGCCUCCUUCUGGGAAAAAACCUAGUCACCAGAACAACAGAAUCUAGUCCCCCUGCUGUGUUCUACAAGCCAAAUAAAGAACUGGCUGCCAUCGUGGAGCUGAGUUACUACAGUAAUGCAGUACUCUCCCCCUUUGUACUGGAAAGCGUGAUAUCUUGUGCUGUCAUCUCUUGUUGUGAUGUGUCACUUGACAACACACCUGGUCAUGUGACCUGCUCAGCGACGAGAGAAGAAAUCCUUGCCACUGCAGUAGAAAUCUGUCAACUGCUCCAGUACGAGUUUAUAUUUGUUUCGCCAUGCAAGCAAUUAGAAGAGGUCCUUGCCGAAGAACUUGAUCAGAUGAUAUGCAUGGAAAUCAUACAAGUAAAGGAGACCCUUUGUGAGGACCAGUACAGUACAUAUGAGAAAGGAUGGGCACAGCGACUGUCAGCCAACAUGGAGUGGAGGGAUGAAGAGGAUGAGGAUGACUUGGUGUUCCAACAGACUUGUCAGGUAAACAUGGAUCGUCCUGACUGUGUGGAGAAGCUGAGGUUCUUCCAUCAGGUGCUGGCACCGUUCCUCGAGUCUUACUACGUCACUGCCUGUCAGAUACACAGGGGCCUACACUCACAGCUCCUUGAAAGCGAUUUCCUUCAUAACAUUCACAUAGAAGCCAAGAAGAGGGUUUAUGAUAAUUUAGCUUCCAGUGAGGAAAGUGUUGUGCUGGAUUCGUUGAAAAAUGCCCUCAAGUCGUUCAGUGACUUAAAAAUUAUUGACAUAUACUGUGUAGGGAACCUUAGAAUGGUAGAACUACACGACCAUUUUGAAGUGAAAGAAAAGCUGAUCAAAUAUAUAGAACUAUUGGAGGUUCUAAAAGGUUGAGCGCAGUGGAUGGUUGUUUGGUAGUGGUCAUGAAAUUAGAGAUGUUCACUGAUGAUUUUUGACCUGCUGUGUCAUAGUUCAUGUAUAUACACCUGUUUUAUCUGUGUAAUAUAUUUGAUGUUUGUAAGGAAGUCCCUUGAGGUUUUUUGUAUGUUUAUAUAUUUUAUUACUUAACUGGUUUCCAAGUCAGUGAUUCCAUAAAUUCAUCCUACUUGAAAAUGUCUCCGAAACCCCCCUUCCCUGAAACCAAUACUGAGUUAUCAUUUAUCAAAUCACAAUUUCAUACGAAUAACUGCUGUGAAUGUCAAUGGAAGAUGGUUGUAAUAUAAUGUUUCAUUUAUUUUUGUGUAUUGGAGGGAAAUGAUCUCUCUCUCUCUCUGUGAUAAUGUAAUAAUGUAAUUACAAUAUUACAUGUUAUUUUGUUUAUAUUAAAAUUGUGAACUUAAAU